GCGGUCAAAUGUCAAGCGUAUCCGGAUACGGUUGUUGAUUGGCAUGUCAACGCGUCAACAGCCAAUCGGACGCGACCACGGCGCCUGUCCGACACAACCCGGCCCGUCGCCGCCAGUCGCCAGAGCUCUGAGCCGAUGGACUGGACCUCGCUUCGCACCGCGUGCGUGGACCUCCAUGCCUACCACGUCAACGCGACCUCGGUCAUCGCGCCCGAUGCUGGCCCAUUGCGCGACCUCUACCACGCGUGUUUGCUGCUCGCCGGUGUCGUUCUCGGCGUUGGCCAGCCCCGCGUCGUCGUCAAGUACUUUGUCGCUCUUCACGCAAGCGUCCUCGCGCUCGGGACGCUGCAUGCACUGGGUGUGACCCAAGCAGAGGCGCGGCUGGCGCCACUCCUCGGUGCACUCCUCAGCGACCACCCGCAACUGGGUCUCCGCGCUGUCUUGGUCUUCUCGACCUUCAACUCGCUGCACGCGGCGCUCUCGCCGCUAUUGCCCUUCACAGUCGCCCUCGAUGUACUCGCGCUCGUAUCGAGUCUCGUGCUCGUGUACUUGGUGCCGGUCGCCGCCGUCCUCGAGCUCAUGCACCGCGUUGGCCCGUCGAUCGCCGCCUUGGUCCUUGUCACCACCAGCGUCUUUGGCUAUACGGGGUCGCUGGCGUGGCCGCUCCAAGUACUAGCGCUUAGCGCUAUCACAGUGGCGAUGCUCUGGUUGCAGUCGACGUCAGGCGCUCGCUUUCGGCGAAAAGUGUUGCGAUUGUAAAGUAAUAUUCGGAAAUAGAGUCGCACUCUGCAUGUCGUUUUGCUCUCGGUCGGCUUAUCGUGCACCGCUGUUGGGCAAACCCACCUCGUUUGAAGAAGCUCCUCUCUGAGAUACAGCUCCAAGGGCAGAAAGACCCUCAUCAAUAUGCGA